AACACACGCGUGUGUAUUUUCAUUUCUGUGUGCGCCCACUGCAAACAUUGGCCCGUUCAUGAUUUUCGCGGUCCUCCACGAAUCAGUAGGAAAUCUUCGUUUAAAACAGUUUAAUCCCAAACGCAGUUAAGUUUGAGUUUCAUAUAAUAAAACCUCGCGUGUUUUCAACCAGUUUCAUAUAAGCCGAACUGUAAGGCGUCCACAGCCUUGAUCGCAAUCCUGUCGAAAAACGCGCGACUCUUGCAACGCUAGUAAAAGCACCAAACAAUCAAGGAUUACGCUUCAAAGUUGGCGACAGUUUACUAAUUCAAUGGAACAAACCUGCGUCCAAUUAAAAACGCUGUAAACGUACGAAAAACGAGUGGUAUAAAGUGAAAUCAAGUGCUUCUACUUCAGUGACCAAUAAAUUCACACAUACAUAUAACGACCUAGUCGGUUUAGUAUUCAAGUAGAAGUUGUGAAAAGAUAGAGGCAAGUGAAAUAAAAGUGUAACAAGUGCGAAUAAAUCAAGACAGCAUAUUGUGGUACAAAGGAAAAGAAAUAGAAUAAAAGUGCCACUGAAAGUUAACUUGAGGAAAAUAAAUUAUACUCAAUCAUCUAACAGCUGCGAGUCGCUUGCAUAAUGUAAGGUGAACAAAAGUGAGUCAUAUUACCUAGAUCAGCGUGCAUUACAAGUUUAUUAUAAUUAUCAAGCGUAAAGAAACACGAAGAUUUCUGCCAGUGUGGAUCGAGUGAGAUCAUUUCUAAACAGAAAGUGCAUAGACACAUCAUAAGCGCGCGAAAAAUAGUUUUCCGAUUGAAUCAUCAAACCGUUUUCGUUUCAUCAACAACAACCGUUAGACAUUAACCUGCAAAUUAUUGAAAUUAUCAACAAUCCAACGCGAUCACCAUUAGACGUGUGUGCUCCUCCCGAUCGCCAUUAUUUCCACCAUCAUCGGACAUCGCCGGAUCCGUCAAAACGUCUACCAAAAUGAGGAUAAAACGCGAAUCAACAUGCCUCGGAUUGCGUCUGAUGCCUACGACUAAACUCGUGAUUCACAAUCCUCACAAACGACACAAGGAUACCUGCGACGAUUCAUCAAUCACACCCGGAGCUCGCAUCCCCCUAGCGCGGAGUUGUUCCAGUCCAGCCGUUUCCUAUGAUAUCGAAACGCAUCCCGCAUCGCCCGUAUUUCCACAUCUACUGCUCGGCAACGGCCGGGACGCCAUCGAUCCGUCAACCGUGGGAGCCAACUGCGUGCUGAAUGUGACCUGCCAACAGCCAGCGGCUAACCUGCUGAAGCCAGGGCUGGAGUACAAACAAAUCCCCGCCAGCGAUACGCCCCAUCAGAACAUCAAGCAGUACUUUCAGGAGGCCUUCGAUUUCAUUGAGGAUGCUCGCAAAAAGGGUUCCACAGUGCUGCUGCACUGUCAGGCCGGAAUUAGCCGCAGUGCCACGAUCGCCAUCGCGUACGUCAUGCGCUACAAGGCCAUUUCGCUGCUAGAGGCUUACCAGGUGGUGAAACGGGCCCGGCCCAUCAUUUCUCCGAAUCUGAACUUUAUGGGUCAACUGCUGGAACUGGAGCAGGCGUUGAUUGCCGACGGGAAACUGGAACCGCCGCCACCGUCCCCGACAGUGCCACCCAGCCAGCCGCCCUCGUUCCUCAUCAACAACGGCAACAGGUUCAGCCAGCACGACGAGGAAAUGGACGAGGACGAUGACAACAAGAACAACAACCGUGACAGUGGUUGCAGUACCGCCAGCAGCAGCAGCAACAGUAGUACCUGCAGUAGCAGCACCUGCCAAAGCAGCAUCUGCCACACCGGCACCAGUACCAUCAUCCACAGCACCGGUGGCCUUACCUCGACCAGAGUUAGUUUCGGCCACGGUCUCAAUGGCCGCUGUGCGCAUCGGUUGACACUAAGACUGCCCACUUCGCCACCAUCGUCACCGUCGUCGCUUUCCUCGCCUUCUUCACUAUCAUCGUCAUCGUCAACACCCUCGCCCACUCAGUCACUGGCGCCCGUACCGGCGACGCCCCUCAGCACAAUCGCUCCCAGUCCGUUCCACGCGUGCAGCACAAGCAGCAGUAGUUCCGGCAUGCGGCCAGCCCCUUCCAGUUCCCGCUCAUGAUCAGAUUUAAGCUUGCUAGAAUUAAUCCUUUCGUCCCUCUAUCAUGUAUUCUUAAAUUUUGUGUGAUAAACAACUAUUUUUAAUGUCAGAGCUAAUUUAUAGAAUUUUACGUGCGCGCCUAGUAAUUAAGUAGAACGUAAGAAAUUGAUUUUUCGCCUUUAGUUGCAUUGAAAACAUUUUUGAGCUCUUCUUUACAUGGAAGGUAAAUAUAGAUAUUUUUGUAAUGAGAUAAAUGAAUUUCCCAUAUCAAUUGUUUAAAAAACCUAUUUGUUGAAAACAAGAGUUUAAAACUGUGGAUGCAUUUAGCACCAUCAUCAUCCUGACCGGCAGCAUCAAACACAGAGCUGUUGAGCGUCAAACAGAGGUAGUUUUUCUUGAAAGUAUAAUAAGAGAUAAAUCGACCACAGAAUUUGUCACAAUUUGUAUAAAGUUUCACCCAGCAAAACAAACUACCUCUGUUGGACGCUCUUUAGUUAGCUGCUGCUUCAACCAUAACAUAAGCAACUCAUUACCGCCAUAAUUGUUUUUCAUCUCUGAAACAAACACCAGAAAGAAAAAAAAAAACUAUAAAGAAGCAAACUCUAGUCUCAUUUAACGUUUAAGUUACUGUUUAAUAUAUAUGCCAAUACUUUUUUGUGCUGAGGAAUCGUAGUUUCACCAGCGACCUAGAACAAAGAAUAAAAAAAAAUUAAUUAAUUUCAAUCAAUGUCAAUGCACUUUCGCGACCCGGUUGUUGUUUCCCAAUUUAAACAAAACAAAGGAACCCUAGAUCAUUCUCAAACCUGUCCCACACACAAACACACAUAUCGACAGGUUUCAUGUUGUUCCCAACCCAACCCCAACACAGAAACCAGCAACAAUUGCACCGUUAUCCCAACAAAAUAAAGAAAGGCUGUGCUAAAGUUGAACCUUUUCUUCAAGAGUUUAACAACCUGAGCUGCACUGAUUGGCAAUCGAGCACCUGCGCACUUUUUGUUUGUAUAAUAGCAGUAAUGAGAACAGAAAUAAUUAUAACUUCUUUAAAACUAUCACUAUGCCGAAAGCUUACGCCGAAAGAUUAGUUGUGUUUUUGUACGUGUAUUCGUGGUAACGCUCAAGCUUGCUGAUGUUGAUUGCUUUCUUCGGCACGAAUAUUACCGGGUUAAGUGUUUUGUUGAGAACGCGAAGUUUUUCAAUAUCUCAAAGUGGAACCAAGUUUUGUACAGCACAACAGCACAUUGUUACGCAACCAACAUACGCGGGGGGCUUAACAAUGCGAAAACCACAGCCUACUACGACCAGCAGGUGUUGGUAACGCCAACUACUGGGCAUAAGAGGAAACCCAAACGAAACUAUUUAUGUAAAAAUGCAAGCAAAGUUCGAUUCCUGUAGUUAUCAUUUAAAUUAUUCUAGUUUAGAUUCGUAUAAGUCGCUGUAUUGAGAAAUGUCGACACUCAAAAAUAAUACUAUACAGCAAAAAAAAG